AUGAAGGUGACUCGGCCGCUGAACCCAGAAGACUACCACAUUGCAAUAAUUGCUCCACUGGAGAUUGAGAACGUCGCAGCAACUCUGAUGCUCGAUAAUAGACACGAUGGCCGAUUUCCCAUGGCAAGAGGCUACGAGUAUCUGUACACACCAGGCGAGAUGGGCGGGCACAAUGUCAUCGUUGCCACGCUACCCGCAGGCGAGGACUGCGAUUUGGGCUCUGCCGCCGCUCUUUCGAGACAAGUCAAGACGUUUUUCCCCAACCUGUGGUUCGGUCUCCUCGUCGGAGUUGCUGCUGGCAUGCCCAACGUCGGCGGCGGUCAAGAGAGGGAUAUCCGACGCGGCGACGUGCUUGUGGCCCAACAAGACGGCGAGCUCCCAGGACUAAUCAACUUGGAGCUGGGUAAAUGGACCGAAAACGGAUUUGUGCUUCGCCGCCGAGGCUGGCUGGACAUGACUGACAAGCUCGUCAGGUCGGCAAUCCGCCAGAUCCAAGCAGGGGAUUUCUUGCAAGACCAGCCUUCGUUUCUGAAGCACUACCAAGAGAUGAUGGGCAAUCUAAACCACCCCGAGACAUUCGCCGAUCCGGGCCAGGAUUUGGACCUGCUGUACGAAACUGGGGAGUCUGUAGUGAAGAGAAGGACUCGAGAGGCCGAGAAGCGUACCCGCGUAUGGUAUGGUAUGAUUGGCUCCGCCAGCACACUUGUAGAGAAUGCUUCGAAACGGGACGAGUUGAGGGACAAGCAUAACCUUGUCGGUAUUGAGACGGCAGCAGCCGGCAUAGUACCCAUCAUUCCGGUCGGCGUCGUUCGUGGCGUUUGUGAUUACGCAGACGAAAGGACAAACGAAGCCUGGCUACCCUACGCAGCAGCCAUGGCAGCAGCCUAUGCCAAGGAGAUUAUUCUGCAGAUAGGACCCCCCGAACGACCUAGAAGAGUAUGCAGCCUGUCCUACGCAAAGAACUUGUGCUUUGUAGGACGUGAAAACACCAUUGACAAUAUUCGACACAAGCUCUUCUCCCUGGGGGUAAAACGAGUGGCGCUCUCCGGGCUCGGUGGAAUGGGCAAAACGCAGGUUGCCCUCGAGAUGGCGCAUCGGGUCAAGGAAGCAAUGGAGGAUUAUUCCGUCAUCUGGAUGCCGGCGCAGACCAUGGCUGCGUUUGAACAAGCAGCCGCGGAGCUUGUCCAGACUCUUGGUAUAAGCUCUGGCCUCGGCGAAAAUCCACCAGAAACCCUUCAAGCCCAUCUUUCCUCUGAUGCUUCCGGACCGUGGUUCCUUGUCGUAGACGGUGUCGACGACAUGUCUCUAGUUGACGCAACACCCGAUGAUCCUCGCCGCCUGCUCGACUGCCUUCCUCAGAGCCCGAGGGGCAGAAUGCUCAUCACCACACGCACGUCAGCGGUCGCAAACAGCCUUGCGGACCCGCAGAAUGUUGUCAAAUUAAUAGAAAUGUCGUUGGGCGAGGGGAAGCGCUAUCUGGAGACGUGUCUCAGCGACAACCGCGAGCUGCGAAGAGACGACGUUGAUGAAACUCUCUCUUGUCUUAUGGAGAGGCUCGAGUAUCUUCCUCUCGCCGUGGCACAAGCAGUCACUUACAUGAAUGUAAACUGCAUGUCCGUCAGCGAGUUCGUACGUCACCACGGCGAGAUGGAGCAGGACCGUGAUAAUACCGGCCCGACUCACCUUUUUGGCUCACAAUUGCGCAGUGAAACAUUCCACAGCAGGAGCCAGGGGUCUAUAUUAACUACUUGGUAUGCGUCGUUUAUGGCAAUUCGCAACACAAGUGCCCAUGCUGCCCAGUUACUGUCUUUUCUCCGGUGGACAAGUCCAAAGGGUAUACCUACCUCGGUGCUCCCUCUUGGACGAGGGCCCAAGAAGGCCGAGGCAAUCAAUUUGCUCUGCUCCUACAACUUCUUGAGUCGGCGAGAGGGUGGCAGGAUUCUGGACAUGCAUCGCUUGGUGCAUCUUGCCCUCAGGUCCUGCUCGAAACAGCUCUUCGACGAAGAACAGACGCAAGAGACCAUCUCUCAUCUCAACCGAGUAUCCCCGAUAUUCCCAAACGAGCAUGUCCAAAAGCAGGAGUUGUGGCAGUCAGAUCUUCCGCAUGUGCUUCCGCUUGGCACAGGGGAGACAACACACGAUCCGCAAGCCCGUCUGGAAUUUUUUCGUCACACCAUGUUUACGCGGGGAUUGGCGCUGGAAAACAGCUGUUGCUAG